GUGUCUGGUCUGUGAGGUUUCUAAAGAGAUUAAAAAGCUGUAGCUCUUGCCAUGCGUCCUUUCACUGCUCUGCUGCUGCUGGCCCUGGUUUUUAGAGUGGCUGAGGGACGAAGAGGAACUAAAAUUAAACAUCAAAAAUCUCGUGGUCAUAGGAGAUCCAACAGUAUCAAUCGUUUUGUAAACAACUGCAAGGAAUACUUUGAGGAUGGAGAUAAGUUCUUGGACUGUCAGGAUCGCCAUUUGACUGCUGUCCUGCUUGGGUGGCCAGAGGAUAUUGACCACCUACUGUUGGCACAAAACAAGAUCAAGGUGCUGCGAGAUAACACAUUCAGCCAUUUCCGGAACCUAGAAAGCCUGGAUUUACAACUAAAUGAGAUUUCUCUUAUUGAGGAAGGAGCCUUUAGUGGCCUGAGCAAGCUAACAACUUUAUUGUUACAAUAUAAUCGUCUACAGAUGAUCACAGAGGCUGUGCUUAUACCCAUGCCACGACUCAGAUACCUGCGCCUUCAUGACAAUCCCUGGCGGUGUGACUGUGAGCUUGAUAGUUUUGUUCACUUUCUGCAGGUGCCAAGCAACCGCAACAUGGGCAACUAUGCCAAAUGCACAGAGCCUACAGAAUUGUGGGGGCAAAAGGUAAAAACACUGGAUGCUAAAUUGCUGUGUGUACCACACAUGCAAAAGCCACCCCUGUGCAUCAGGUAUGGCUUUUCCAAACCACUACUUGACUGCAGAAGUAAAGGACUGCAAGCUGUUCCAGCAUCUGCAGAAAACAUAAUUAAACUGGACCUAUCCUUUAACAACAUCACAAAGUUAGGGUCUAAAGAGUUUGUAACAUCUAAAGAUUUAAAGCUGUUAAACCUCAGCAGCAACAGUCUACAGCACAUUAACACAGCUGCUUUUGCUGGCCUUCUUUACCUGCAAGAGCUGGAUCUCUCAAACAACAGUCUGCACUACUUUAACUAUGGUGUUCUGGAGGACCUUUACUACCUCCGGACGCUGUCCUUGGGAGGCAAUCCCUGGAUUUGUGAUUACAAUAUCCAUUACCUAAUUUACUGGCUGCAGCAUCACCCAGCAGUGGAGCACACAGGCCUUGUGUGCAGCGAGCCAGAGGAAUUCAGAGACUGGCCAGUUGAGAGCUAUGUCAAGACAUAUAAUGAUGAGUGUCCCAAAGACAAGCAGGUAGACCAGCACACAGGUAAUGAUCCAGAGAUGACAACAUCUCAAGAACUCAUUGCAGAGUUUGACGAGGACCCAGGGUUACUUCCAGCCAACCUUAGAGCUAAGCAUCCCGUUUUUGACAUCUUUCACCUGUUAAAAAAAAAAAAAAAAAAACUUUAACAAAGGGAGUUAUGUUAAGUU